AAAAGCAAUGCGGCCCAGUUGACACACUAUCAGGACUUUAUACACUUCAGUUCAGCCUGCAGUAUUGAACCAUACACGUAUCCCACUUAUUUGACCAAGUUGCUGUAGUACAUCUUGCGGCCAGUAGGCCGAGACGUUUCAUCGUUCUGGUCGGAAGUGAAAGAGCUGAGGAGAGGAAUCAAAAUGGCGACGCCCAGAGCAGGUCGAUCAGCCAGUGUCCUGUCUUCUGUUACCUUCCAGCUGCUGCUGAACCUGACAACAUGGUACUUUGUUUUCUAUUUCCUGUUCACUCUUGGCCUGAUCAUCAGAAAGAGCUUGGUGUUGACUUAUCCCACUGAUGCUCUGGUCUGUGACGUCUGUCUGCUGUUCCUGCUGGCUGGUCUGGAGGUCCUCCAUUUAUUAUCUGGUGUGAGGGGCCACCUGAUGGAGAAUGAGGGCCUUCUUCUUACCAACCUCAUUGUGACUGGGACCACCGUCCUGCUGACGGUCUACUUCCUGGUGUGGCAGACAUACGUGAUGCGGGCAGACGUGAUCCUCAGCAGUGUCCUGCUGGUUUUAUAUGGCUUCGAUGGAGUCGUGGCUUUCAGCACUUUGGCCCGACUGGCCAGUGACAAAUGAGGAAGCCUUCUCUCCAUCCUUAUGUUAGAGCUGAACUCAAGACCUGUCUGCACUUCUUUGAAACAACCACAAAUCAAAAUAACUUUGUAUUGAAGAACGUUUGUUCAAAGCUCCGGUUGGUCAGUGUUGUAAGGAUCUCUCAGGGAUUUCACUGACCAUAGUGACACACAGAUUGUUCUUAUAUUUUAUAUUUUCCUUUUCUUUGGCUAAUCUUAUUUUUUUUUGUAAUUGUGUUGAGGAUAAAUAUUUAUAUAUGUGUUAUACUUUAUUAUUUAUAAUAAAGAAACUACAUUUGAUACAUUGUAA